AUGCAGAAGUUUGGUAAAGCCCAUGAGAAGGUGGAGUUCUUGAGGCAACAGCUUACUGAUUUGCAAAGUCAUGUUGAUUAUAACAGUAAUGAAGAAGCCCAGAUUACUGCAAAGAGGUUAAUUGAUGAUUUGAGACAUUGGUCUAAUAUUGAAGAGAGCAUCCUUCAGCAAAAGUCCAUGAUCACUGAGGAUGGGAGAAUGAUAAAUGAUGCUGAGGAAAUAAAAGAGGAAAUUUUGGGCUUCCAUAGGAAGUUAUUGGGUUCAAGAGCUACUGCUCUUAAGAGUGUGGAUUUGAAUGUUAUAAGGGGUGGCAAAAGUCUUUCAGUGCAGGCUAGAGAGUCUUUAAUGAGGGAGAUUAUGGAGUGUGUAACUACAGUAUCCUAUGCUGUGCUGGUGAAUGGAAUUCCUACUCAGCCUUUUCAAGCAAAGAAAGGGCUUAGACAGGGAGACCCCUUAUCUCCCUUUCUUUUUGCUUUGAGCAUGGAAUACCUGAGUAGGUGUUUGAAUGACCUGAAGAAUAACCCUGAGUUUAAUUUCCAUCCUAAAUAUGAGAGAGCUGAUGAGAGCUUUCUCUCUUAUUUGUCUAAAGCCUUCCAAAAAUUCUCUGAAACUUCUGGCCUGGCUGCAAGUAGUGAGAAAAGUAACAUUUAUUUUUGUGGUGUUUAUGAGGAGAUAGCUAGAGAGUUGGCUCAGAUUAUGCAGAUGCAAAUUGAUGAGCUUUUAUUUAGGCUUCAAUUGGUUAAAAGUAUCCUCCGUAGUAUGCAAAACUACUGGGCUCACAUAUUUCCUCUUCCAAAGAAAAUCAUUCAGGCAGUGGAGAGGGUUUGCAGGAGGUUUCUUUGGACUGGUAGCACUGAAGAGUCUAGGAAAGCUCCUGUUGCCUGGACAACUCUUCAGAAACCAAAAAGUGGUGGAGGGUGGAACAUUAUUAACAUGUUGCACUGGAAUAAAGCAACAAUGAUCAAGCUGUUAUGGGCUAUUGAAUUUAAAAGAGACAAGUUGUGGGUUAAAUGGAUUCACUCAUACUAUAUUAAAAGACAAGGAGUGCUUACUGUCAAUCUGAGUAACCAGACAUCCUGGAUUCUUAGAAAGAUAAUAAGUACUAGAGAUAGCUUGAGUGAUAUUGAGGGCUGGAGUGCAGUGUGUACUGGAGAUAAGUUUUCUAUAAAAAAGCGUAUAAGCUGUUGA